ACCUUCUUGUCCACAACGCACAACACUGUGGACCCAAGGAAACCCACCAGCUGCAGGAUCUGAGGCACAGAACCGACUCCACACCGAAGAGUGAAACCGGGCUCGAAGUGAAUCUAACUCCCGCCAGCGCAGCAGCAACCCGUGUGUUCCGGGGACAUCCAGCAGCGGAGGGUGAGUUGUUGAUAAGCGCCCCUACGAGCCGGGUGGACAAGAAGAAUGGAUUACAGUAGAGCCGUGGAUUUGGCCCAAGCCUACCAAACACCACCCUCCUACAAGCCACCGGAAUCUCUGGAGGAGCUGGCGAAAUGUACAGACUAUCCGAACACGAACUCCACCCACUACCAGCUGAAGGAUCCGGAACCACGGCCGGAUAACAAACUACAAUCAAUGUAUGAGCUGGUGACCGUGAACGCGACUGGCCAUACCAUCGUAGCCGGCAACGAUUACAAAAGCCGCCGGUGGGCAGGAAGUUUUUGUGGUUGGGAAUCAGCCACCGACAUCGGCGACGAGGAAAAAGCAUCCUUCGGAAGGCAAUGUGAGAGCGCCGUAACGGCGCUAUGCUACACAAUGAAUGACUCUCUGUUCGUCCUUGGUAACGAUCGCGGUUCUAUCGAGCUUUGGUCUACCGGAAAUUCCAUUCGGGGGCCGGGCUACUCGCUGUAUCUAGUGGACAACCGGUAUGAACACAUCGGAGCAAUAACGGCGCUGGAUGUGUUCCGGGGUGACGAUAGUCAUGUUAUUUCCGGCUCAACGGAUGGUUGCAUAAAGGUUUGGGAUUACAGCGAAGGAGAUCUACAUUCCAGUCACACCUUCCACCAGGCCCACACUUCCUUCAUCACGAGUUUAGCUACGGAUACAACUCAACCGUCGCUGGCGGUAAGCUGCUCGAAUGAUCGCUCAACACUUCUUUGGGACUUGCGGGAGUUGAAACCGGCGAAGGCACUGUUUGAAGGACACGAUGUUCCCUUCUCUACCGUUCGGUGGACGGAUGAGGCCAACUGGAACCGGCUCGUUGCGGUCGGUGAUGUGGCAGGACGCGUACACUUCAUCGACGUCCGACAGCCGAAUGUCUUCCUCGAAACCGUCUCGUGUUUCGAUCGAAAGAUACAACGAAUCUCUUUCCAUGGGAAACGGUUCGCGGUGCUUGCCAACGCACCGGAGGUUAAAUUUUACGACGAACAUUCGAAGGAGAUACACGUAGAGCAAAGUGCCACGAAUUACGUCCGGGAUUUGGUGUGGGAUCGACAGUCGCCGGAUGAUGCCAUCGGUUGCACGCUGCUAGGUUGGGACAGUUACGUUCAACAUAUUACUAUAAGAUGAAUGGAAUCUACGCUUUUGUGAACAAUACAGCUAUUCCUUUUUACUCGUCGGAUUUCAUCAGCAGGGUAACAGAAUUAACAAAAUGAAUACCAGCUAACUAAUAAUGAAAGCCGAUAGUACCUCGAUUAUCUUCACCAAGUACUUUGAGAUCAUAUCUUGAAGCAGAACAAAACCAAACUAAUGACUGAAAUUCAGAUUGCAAAACUCCCAGUAGCAUAAACGAUGAGUUCAAUGAUAAUUGAAACGAUUAGUUGAAAACAAUGUAUUACUUCCUAU